AUGGACAUGAUCGCGGAUGCGCCCCCGAGCGCGUGGUGCCAGGCCUUCUUUCUCGGUUCCUCGGCGGGCAUUCUCGCCCUGCAGAUGCUCCCCGACGACGCGCGAGGCACGCUCUUGGAUUACGGGGCGCGCAGGCCCGAAGGCGAUGCCAAGAAGAAUGACACGCGUAGGAGCGGCGGAGGCGGCGGCAACGGCAGCGCUGGGAGCAGCGCCAUCACGCAAAUCGCUUCCCUUGCUAGCGCAGCCAAGGUUCCGCACUCAUGGUUCUGGCACUUCUAUUUCGUCUCUGUCUCGUGGUCCGCGUUCUGGGCGUGGCAGUAUCUGCGACGCGGGGCGAUCCUGAGCUCGCUGGUCCAGGCGCAGGUCCGUUUGGGGGCGUCAGCGCCGUCCAUGGAGCUGGGCCGCGUCUUCUUGGCCUGGCUCAUCAUGGCCCUGCAGGGCACCAGGCGGCUGUACGAGUGCUUCUUCGUUGUGAAGCCUGGCAAGAGCCCCAUGCUCUUUGCCCAUUGGGCGCUCGGCAUCGUCUUCUACACAGCCAUGGGCAUCUCUGUCUGGAUCCAUGGCUCUGAUGCCAUUCUCAAAUCGUGGGAGACACCCGUCUCGGCGGCCUUCCCCGCCAUGCUCAAGACGCGGAUCCCCGUCACCUUGGCCGUCAUCCUGGCAGCGUGGUUCAAGCAAAAUGAGUGUCACCGGUACUUGGCCAGCCUCAAAAAGUACACGCUGCCGAGCCAAGGCAUGUUUGCCUAUCUCGUAUGUCCUCAUUAUACCUGCGAGUGCGUGAUAUACCUCGCCAUAUCCCUCAUGGCGGCACCCCAGGGCACCAUGUUCAAUUGGUCUGUCCUCGGCGGCUUGGUGUUUAUCGCCGUCAACCUCGGUGGCACCGCCAGCGGGACCAAGCAGUGGUAUUCCCAAAGGUUCGGGGCGACAAAUGUAGCCGGCAGGUGGAAUAUGGUCCCUUUUGUAUUCUAA